UUUUCUGAGCAUAAUCAAUCCGGCCAAAGAGAGCAAUGCUACCGGAGAUGAAACUUCCGAUGUGAAUCUCUCUCUGUCUCUCUCAACAGGGAAUCAACCUUUCGGCUCUUCAAUGGCUUCCCAUCCUCACCACCACAGCAAUCACAACCCAAUCCACAACUUCUCCAGCUUCACGCAAUUCACAGCCUCCAAGACCUUCCUUCCUCUCCCGUUCGUCGGCUCGCCCCCACAACUCUCGUCCUCGUCCGAGUCGGCUCAGGCCGACUCGCCGUCGUCGCUCAAGGGCAUGCCGUCGAGCUCCGGUUCCGGGUUUCCGUCGACGGUGCGGAUUUCGCGGCUGAGUUCGGCCGGGAACAGUGGCCCGGCCUUCGUGGGGCAGGUUUUCAGCAUGUGUGACCUCUCUGGAACUGGGCUUAUGGCUGUUUCCACCCACUUCGACAUUCCAUUUAUCUCCAAAAGAACACCUGAAUGGCUUAAGAAGAUAUUUUCAGCAGUUACUAAGAGCGAGAGGAACGGGCCUGUCUUCCGCUUUUUCUUUGAUCUAGGUGAUGCAGUUUCUUAUGUCAAACGGUUGAAUAUUCCAAGUGGCGUGGUUGGUGCUUGUCGUCUUGAUUUAGCAUAUGAACACUUCAAGGAGAAACCUCACUUGUUCCAGUUUGUUCCCAAUGAGAAACAAGUCAAGGAAGCUAAUAAACUUCUCAAGACAAUGCCCCAAAAUGGUGCAAGGAAGAAGGUUGAUGGUGUACCUGUUUUCAGUUCUCAAAACUUAGAUAUUGCAAUUGCAACAACAGAUGGGAUUAAGUGGUAUACUCCAUAUUUUUUUGAUAAAGGCAUGUUAGAUAAGAUUCUUGAAGAAUCUACUGAUCAGCAUUUCCAUGCAUUAAUUCAAACUCGGAACUUUCAACGUCGCCGAGAUGUUAUUGAUGAUAGUUUGGCCUCAGAAAUGAUUGAAGAGACCGCAGAGAGCACGUGGGAACCGCCAGAGGUUCAGGAAGUGCUGGAUGAAAUGGGCCACCCUGCAAUACCUUUGAGUGUCAUAUCAAAGGCUGCUGAAAUUCAGCUUCUCUAUGCUGUGGAUAAAGUACUUCUUGGGAAUAGGUGGUUGCGUAAAGCUACUGGAAUUCAGCCAAAAUUUCCUUACAUGGUUGAUUCAUUUGAACGCAGGACUGCAGCUUCCUUGCUGAGAGCUUCCGAGUCCUCCAGAACUUUAGCUAAUUCAGAAUCAGAAAACACUAACCAUCUUCAGCACCAUGGCAUUUCAGAGCUCACAUCAACAGAGAGCAUUCGACCCCAGCAAGAACGAGGACGAAGUUUCCGGCUACCUUUCAGAGAUUGGUUUAUGGGCCUAUUGUCAAAACGAUGGCAGAAGCCCCUAUCAGAUGAAAGAGUGGAAGCUGCAUCUGGGGAACACAUGAAACAAGAGGUACAGCAAAGCCCUCUUCUUCCAAAGAUAACAAUGGUUGGCAUCUCAACUGGAGACACGGGGCAGAUGAGCAAGGCGACUUUGAAGAAGACAAUGGAGAAUCUAACAAGAGAGCUAGAACAGACCGACCAAGGAAACGCAGAUGGCGAUGGUAGCAAUGAGCUGAGAUGCGAAGACAGGGAUCCUCUCUUUGUGGCAAACGUGGGCGAUUACUACUCAAAUGCAGCAAGAACAGGUUCAGCUCCAUGGGUCCGGGGCGGGAUUAGUUGAUCAAUUUCAUGUUAACAGAAAUUGCUUCAUUUGCAGGAUUUAGUAUAUUGUUGUGAUUAAAUUCACUAAUAAUUAAUCGGUGGUAAAAGAUGUAGAAUAACGUGCUAAUGCAUCAGUUAUUUGACAGGCAUUCGAUUGGAUUCUCUCUCUUGAAUGCUUUGCUUCACAGUUGAAUGUAGAUAUUUACAGUGUAUUUGAACGA